UCCUCGCCUCCCAGCAACCACAGACACGCCAGCCACGCCACGCUGCCACGCUUGGCCCUCUGGGUAACAUAUCUCUGGGAGUUUAACUGGUUAAUGUGAUCGGGUCUGCACCAGUCACAGGGGCUAACGCAGCACCGCACUACCUUAGCCAGUAAGGACGUUCCAACCCGACCACACUCACCCAGCUAGCGACUUCCACACCACCACCCACCAGCCCUCCGCAAAGACAAUCCAUUUUUUUCAUCUGAACCAGACCUGGUCGUUACUUGCGGUCGUCUGAAUACUUGACUCCAGAAAGACUUUCUUGUGGAUGUUUUUUUUCUUUCUUCUCUCCUUCUCCAUGACUUGGUGCGUGCUCUUGGUUUAGGAGCUAGAGGUCAGGGGUCAGGCUUACCACAGUGGAACCACCAGUAGGCUUUGGUGUCAAGGCAACGAGGAGCAGCAAUGGCUUCCAACAGCCUCUUCAGUACUGUUACACCAUGUCAGCAGACCUUCUUCUGGGAUCCCAGCGCCACGCGGAGGUUUAGCCCGCCGUCCGGUAGCCUCCAGCCGGUCCCGGCCAAGAUGAACGAGCUCAACACGCCGACCGGGACCGGGCAGCAAGACAGCACGGUGCCAAGGCUGCGCCUGCAGGAGAACCGGAGCAUGGCGGAGAUCAUAGCGGACCACCCGGCGGAACUGGUCCGGACUGACAGCCCAAACUUCCUCUGCUCGGUUUUACCGUCUCACUGGCGCUGCAACAAGACGCUGCCCGUCGCCUUCAAGGUUGUGGGGUUGGGAGAGGUGACUGAUGGGACGGUCGUAACGGUGAUGGCGGGGAACGAUGAGAACUACUCGGCCGAGCUGCGGAACGCAUCGGGAGUGAUGAAGAACCAGGUGGCUCGCUUUAACGACCUGCGCUUCGUGGGCCGCAGUGGACGGGGAAAGAGCUUCACGCUGACCAUCACAGUGUUCACCAACCCUCCUCAAGUAGCAACAUACCAUCGAGCCAUUAAAGUCACCGUGGACGGACCCCGCGAGCCUCGGAGACAUCGUCAGAAGCUAGAGGAGUCUCCUAAAACAGGGCUGUUCUCAGACCGUCUCAGUGAGCUGGAGAGGAUCAGACAGACAACCAUGAGGGUUGCCGUGCCGACACAGUCCCAACAACAGCCGCUCAACGCUGGACACAACCCCUUCAACCCCCAAGGGCAGACACAGAUACCAGACCCUCGCCAGUCCCAGUCGUCUCCUCCCUGGUCCUAUGAGCAGUCCUACCCGUCCUACCUGAGUCCCAUGACCUCCCCGUCUGUCCACUCCACCACGCCCCUCUCCUCCAGCCGAGCCACGGGCUUGCCCAACAUCACUGACCCGCCCCGCCGCCUGCCAGACCUCAGUCCGUUCCCAGGCCAGUUUGAUCGUCAGUUCCCGGGUCUCCCCUCUCUGACGGAGUCUCGUUUUUCCAGUCCCAGAAUGCACUACCCCACCACCUUCACCUACACCCCUCCCGUCACCGCCGCCAUGUCACUAGGCUCCGCCCACUACCACACCUACCUGCCCCCUCCCUACCCCGGUUCCGCCCAAAGUCAGAGUGGACCCUUCCAAACCAGCAGUACUCCCUAUCUUUACUAUGGAGCCUCCUCUGGGUCGUACCAGUUCUCCAUGGUUCCCGGGGGGGACCGCUCACCCUCCAGGAUGGUUCCUCCCUGCACCAGCGCCUCCACCGGCAGCUCCCUGGCUAACCCUAACCUGCCCAGCCAAGGUGGGGGAGAGGGGGCGGUGGAGGGGGAUGGGAGUCACAGCAACUCCCCCACUGUACUCAACACUGCUGGGGGGCGCAUGGACGAAGCUGUCUGGAGACCCUACUGAGGAGGAGAGGAGGAAGAGUUGGAAAAGAUGAAGGAGGCGGAACACGAGGAGCAAGAAGAAGAGGAGGAAGAUGAGAAGAAGAGGAGGAUGAAGAGAAGGAGGAAAGGAGAGGAGGCCCGAAGAAAGUAGGUGUGACAAUGUAACUGAUGUCAUGGUUUUUAAAGCACAAAUCCUUUUGAAAAGGGAGUUGUUGAGUUGCGAUGAAUAAACACCAGUGUCUCCUGCAUCUGGAAAUAUACUCUGAGAUGUAAUGACAAAAGAAACAAAGAGAAUGACUAGUAUGGACCUGCCUGGAGGAAUGUGCUGUGUGUGGCCAGACAGACAGACAGACACUACAAAGGGAAUGACUAGUAUGGACCUGCCUGGAGGAAUGUGCUGUGUGUGGCCAGACAGACAGACAGACACUAGGGAAUGACUAGUAUGAACCUGCCUGGAGGAAUGUGCUGUGUGUGGCCAGACAGACAGACAGACACUACAAAGGGAAUGACUAGUAUGGACCUGCCUGGAGGAAUGUGCUGUGUGUGGCCAGACAGACAGACAGACACUACAAAGGGAAUGACUAGUAGGAACCUGCCUGGAGGAAUGUGCUGUGUGUGGCCAGACAGAGACAGACAGACACUACAAAGGGAAUGACUAGUAUGGACCUGCCUGGAGGAAUGUGCUGUGUGUGGCCAGACAGACAGACAGACACUACAAAGGGACCUCGGCUCUUCUCAGCAUCAAUGAGACACAAACAUGAACAAUUAUGGUAGACUGCCGGCCCCAGUGGAGAAGACAUUAUAAUACUAAAGUAUUACCACAUAGUAACCAUAGUACUACAAUACUACUAUAUAGUACUAUACCAUAGUACUA